AUGACGGUCAAUUUGAUACUACUCCUCUAAGCCAAUCAUAUUCAUUCUGCAUUACAUCAUUUUUCCUGCUAUAAAUUAAAACCCCAAAAUAAUAAACAAUUUCCCAUUUGCAUAAAGAAGCCAAAAAAAUUCCCUCUUUCAUCAUUCAUAUCAUUCAAAAACACCCAAAAGCCAUGUCAAGUAGAUCAAAACAAGGGCAACCCAUGAAAGUAGUGCAUAUAAAGACUCAGUAUGUAGAAACUGAUGCUUGUAGUUUCAAAUCUGUUGUUCAAAAUCUUACGGGUAAAGACUCAAUGAUUGCAGAUUUACCAUCAUCCCAGAAAGUGAUGAAAGUAAAAAAUGAGUAUGUUCAUCCUCGAUCGAGGCAACAAUUAUUGCCUCGAUCGAGGUUGGCAGCCAUGACUGGUCCUGAGCGAGCAGACGGCGAGUUUUUGUUGGAUAGUAGUGAAGAAAAUAACUACUUUCAAAAUCACAUGAGAAAAAGUAAUGGUGGAAGUUAUUCAUUUCUAAAUAGAAAUUUGUCUUACAAAGAGAUGGAUAGGUUGUUCAAAGAGUUGCCUCCUUUAGAAGAGUUGCAUAAGGUUCUUUCUUUUGAUUGAUUGAUUGAUUAAGCCAUUAAGGUUACUUCAGAUUGCUAUAUAUUUCUCUUAUUUGAAAAUGUAAUGAAUUGCGUACACUGAGGAGAACAAAUGAAAAAUCCCGUGGUAAGGAGGUGAUUUCGAUCCUCUGCAUAGGAGAUGUGAGAGGGAAACAUGAAAAUAAUACCUUUAUUUGUUACAAAUAUGAAAGAGAAAAUAUAAUUAGUCUUUGAAGAUACACACGUUUUUAUGGAAUUGUAGUGAGAUGAAGAUGGUAAAUAUGUAGAUAUACACCUGUAUUUAAUUUUAUUAUAUAAAAGGUGUCUGCUGAUGAAAUUUUAUCAAAUUCAAUCCAUUUUAAUAUAAUAGUUGUUUCUUCAUAAACUCUUCUCACUCAAUACCGAUUGGUUUGGUAAUAUAGAUAAACUUGUAUUUUAGAAUUUUUUUUAUUCAGGAUAAGGAUAAUUUUCUUUUAUGAGAGUCAUUUCUUAGUAAGACAAUCUUAAAGAAAGAAGCUCAUAUUCUCAUAAUUUAUUUAUUGAACUAUUUAACUAUAUAUAUAACACGUCUCACGGUGAGACCGUCUUAUACAAUAAUUUAUAUUUUUAUAUAAGUGGUAAGAUAUGUCUGAAAAAGUCA